GGAAAAAGGAAAAUAAAAAAAGACCCUGAUUGGAAUAUUUCCCCCAAACUACUCGAUUCGGCAUCGCCCACGCUGUGGUUGGUCAACCCGCCUUUUCUUCCCCACGGGACAUUCCAGAUCCCCUUCUUUUUUUUUCUCACUACGACUUUCCCAAAAGCCCACUUCGAUUGCGUGAUCCAGACCACCGUAGGCGUGCGUGCAAGUCCGCCUGUUUGCACAAGUCAGAGGAGAGCACUGUAUAUGCUUCAACGGGGAGGGACUGUAUAA